AAAUAAAUCUCUCAGUUUCUCACUGGCAAUUAAAGUGAGGUCGGCGAAGAAGAAAGAGUUUUCAGGCGAGUGUUGGUGAAGGAGGAACCACUUCAUUUCUAGCUCUCUUUUCCUCUGUACGGACGGUCUUAAUCAUACAUAUCUUUAUCAAUUCUUCUCUCUUUCCCUUCUAAUUUCAGGAUUUUUCUUUUUUUGUUCAUUUCUUUGUUGUAUUUUGAAGAAAAUUAAGACGGGUUUUUAGAUUUGUAUUAUGGGUUUCGCUCGGAUUCUGUAAUAAGAGCUUGACAAGUAUUGAAUUAGUCUUGAGUUUUUUUUUUCUUUUUUUCUUUUUUGUAUUUUUAUUCCGUCCAUUUGGGGAUUUGGGGAACGGAUUUGGUUGAUUGUGGAAGAAUCGGUGUGGGUUUUGGUUUGGAAUCUUGAGUUCUGUGUAAAUGACAGCGAAUUUGAGUUUGGGGUUUCACUGAAGUUUCAUCCUCUUCGAUUCUAUUUGGAUGUUAUUUUGGACGGGUCAACUUUUGAUUCAGGAUAAGAGUAAUCAAGCUUGGGCACCGGAGCUUUUUGUUGUUCUUUAGGAUUUUCGGUAUUUUCCCCUUAAUUUGUGUAAUGUUAUCAGAGGGUGACUGAUUGCUGUUCGUCUAAUUUGUUAAAUUCAUUAAUCUGUGAGGAUUUUGAUUGAGAGUCAAUAAGGAAGGAAAAGUUGUUUCUGUGACUUGGAGGACCUUUUGGUUUUAUUAUGAAUAGAGGAGUGGAUGCAGUGAUUGAUCCAAUGAUGAACCAUGACAAGCAUUUAGAUUCUCAGCUAUGGCAUGCCUGCGCUGGUGGGCUGAUUCAAUUGCCUACUAUUAACUCAAAGGUAGUUUACUUCCCCCAGGGCCACGCUGAGCAUGCCCAGGGAAAUGUCGAUUUUGGGAAUGCUCGAAUUCCUUCAAUCAUUCCUUGCAGGGUAUCUGCCAUAAGACAUAUGGCAGAUCCCGAAACUGAUGAGGUUUUUGCUAAGAUAAAGUUGAGUCCACUGGGGAACAAUGAUUUCAGUUUGGAUAAUGAUGAUGAUUUUCUAGGUCACAGUGAAAUUAAGAGUCAGGAUAAACCUACCUCGUUUGCUAAGACAUUGACACAAUCUGAUGCAAACAAUGGUGGAGGGUUCUCUGUGCCUCGUUAUUGUGCGGAGACAAUCUUUCCCCGGUUGGAUUACUCGGUAGAGCCUCCUGUUCAGACUAUUCUUGCCAAGGAUGUUCAUGGUGAGAUUUGGAAGUUUAGGCAUAUAUAUAGAGGAACACCACGUCGUCAUCUUUUGACAACUGGGUGGAGUAAUUUUGUAAAUCAGAAGAAACUUGUUGCUGGGGACUCGAUUGUUUUCUUGAGGGCAGAAACUGGCGAUCUUUGUAUUGGAGUUAGACGAGCCAAGAGGGGCAUUGGUUGUGGAAUUGAUUACUCACCUGGCUGGAACCCAACUAAUUCAGGCUCUUCACUUGUGGGGUAUUCAGAUUAUAUGAGGGAGAGUGAAGGUAGAUUGGGGAGAAGAAACACAAAUGGGAAUCUGAGUGGGAGAGUGAAGGUUGAAUCUGUCAUUGAAGCUGCAAUGCUUGCGGCCAGUGGCCAGCCCUUUGAGAUUGUGUACUACCCAUGUGCUGGUACUCCAGAGUUUGUUGUUAAGGCCUCUAGUAUAAGGAGUGCAAUGCAAAUUCACUGGUAUUCUGCUAUGAGAUUCAAGAUGCCUUUCGAAACUGAGGAUUCAUCUCGAAUAAGCUGGUUCAUGGGAACUAUAUCUUCUAUCCAGGCAGCUGAUCCUAUUCGGUGGCCUGAUUCUCCAUGGCGAAUGCUGCAGGUGACAUGGGAUGAGCCAGAUUUGCUGCAAAAUGUAAAGAGUGUCAACCCAUGGUUGGUUGAAGUGGUAGUAAAUAUGCCAGCUAUCCAUGUCUCCCCCUUCUCGCCACCGAGAAAGAAGCCGCGCUUUCCACUUCAAGCAGAUACUUCUGGUUUUGGUCACCUUCCAAUGCCAUCGUUUUCCACCAAUAUGUUUGACACAACUAACCCCUUACAAAGUAUUACCGCUAACAAAAUUCCUGCAGGCAUACAGGGAGCCAGGCAUACUCAAUUUGGACUCUCUUCACCCAACCUCCAAAUCAGCAAACUGCUUCCGGGACAAUUUUCCCCUGGUCUUAAGCACCUUGAUGAUGCCACUCCUCUUCCUGGCAUCCGAGGGGAAGAUAUUUUUGGAGGCAUGAAAAACCCUGAUAUAUGUUCUCACUGGCUAACAGUGGGAAAUCAUAUCCAAAGCUCGAAAGAAAGCUCAAAGGAGGAAAGCUCAAAAGAGAGCAAAGAAACAAAACCAGCUCAUAUAAUAUUGUUUGGCCAACUCAUUUUUCCUAACCAACAGAAUUCUAACAGCUGCUCUGGAGAUACGAUGAAUGCAUCAGAUGCAAAUCAAGAGAAAGCAUCAAAUAUUUCUGACGGGUCUGGUUUUUCAUCGCAACAAAAUGGUUCACUUGAGAAUUCAUCAGAGGGAGGAUCUACCUCGUACAAUGGUCAGGACAAAUCUGGUCUUAGCUUGGACACUGGUCAUUGCAAGGUGUUUAUGGAGUUGGAGAAUGUUGGUUGUAAUCUUGACCUAUCAGCCCUCAGGUCAUACGAGGAAUUAUAUAGAAAAUUAGGCAAUAUGGUUGGCUUAAGAAGCUCAGAGAUGUUGAAUUCUGUUCUUUAUCAGGAUAGACUAGGCGCUACAAAGCUUGUUGGAGAAGAGCCUUUCAGUGAGUUUCUGAAGAAAGCGCAAAAACUAACCAUAACCACAGAUUCUCGAAGUAGGGACAACAUUGAUUCUCGAAGUAGGGACAAGAUUAGACACAUUAGAACGUAGUCAUAGGGAAUAUAUGGAACUGCUUUUUCGUUGUACAGUUGAGUUAUAAGUUGUGUUGAUUGUUGUUUCUUUCUAUUUUUCUUAUCUUCCCGGAAGUCUAAUUUUUGAUACAUUUCAGUUUGAAAUGAGCAGUUCUCCUUUGUUUACCCAGUAAACAAGAACUGGGUUUGUUUUUGAAUUGUUGAAAACUCUAGAAUUUUCUAGUAAUGAUAUUCUCUUUUAUUAGUUA